AUGAGUUCUUUCCAGCCUGCCAUUUUAUCAGCCUCCCUUGGCCGAGCAUGGCUCCAUGACUUCGCCAUCAAGGCCAAGCAGGCCUCAGAGCAUGGCUUUCAAGGUAUUGAAGUCUUUUACGAGGAUCUUGAAUAUGAGGCAAAAAGACUGCACAGUGUCGAAACUCCCCGCAAUGACCAGAUUCUCGCUGCGGCAUCGCACAUUCGAGAGUUGUUGGAUGGCUUGAAGCUUACAGUUAUUGGUCUCCAGCCAUUCUUGUUCUAUGAGGGUCUUAAGGACCGGGAGCAACAUGCUCGGCUCAUCGAAAAGAUCAACUUAUGGUUCAAGAUCGCAAAGAUCUUGGGCACCAACACGAUUCAGAUUCCUGCCAACUUCCUCCCGGCUGAUCAGUUGACCGGCGACAUGGACGUCAUAGUAGGAGAUCUCGUCGAGCUAGCUGAUCUGGGCAUCAAACAAGAUCCCCCCAUUCGGUUUGCCUACGAAGCUUUGUGUUGGAGUACCCAUGUCGACACCUGGGAGAAGUCAUGGGAAGUGACCAAGAAGGUCGAUAGACCCAACUUUGGCCUGUGUCUCGACACAUUCAACAUCGCCGGGCGUGUCUGGGGCGAUCCAGCUUCUCCAACUGGCAAGACACCCAACGCCGAUCAAGAUCUCAAGGAAUCCCUCGAGAGACUUGCCAAAGAGGUCACUCUCGACAAAGUGUUCUACAUACAAGUAGUCGAUGCUGAAAGGAUGGAAACGCCCCUUGUCAAAGGACAUCCCUUCCAUGUUGAUGGAAACCCGGCGAGGAUGAACUGGUCGCGAAAUGCCAGAGCUUAUAUGUAUGAGACGGAUCGCGGGGCUUAUCUCCCUGUUGAGGAUAUUGCCAAGGUGUUGAUUCACGAUAUGGGGUAUAGGGGAUAUGUUUCGAUGGAGUUGUUUUCACGAACUAUGGCUGAGGAGGGGGAUGAUGUACCGAAACAACAUGCUGAGAGGGGUAUCGCAGCUUGGAAGAAAUUUGUUGAGAGGUUAAAGCUUAACGAGAUGUAG